CUCUGGUCCCCGAUCGCGACAUUUGCCCACCAUGCCUCCCAAGAAGCAGGAUCCGAAGGCCGCCGCCGGCAAGAAGAAGGCUGUCGAAGACAAGACCUUCGGCAUGAAAAACAAGAAGGGCUCUGCCGCCCAGAAACAGAUUGCCGCCCUGCAGGCCUCAAUGAAGAACGGCGGAAACGCUGAGCAGAAGCGCAAGGAAGCCGAGAAGGCCGCCCGUGAGCGCGAGAAGAAGGCGGCUGAGGAUGCCAAGAGGGAGGCCGAUCUGCUUCUCAACAAGCCCGCCCAGAUCCAAAAGGUUCCCUUUGGUGUCGACCCCAAGACCGUUGUCUGCAUUUUCUUCAAGAAGGGCAACUGCGAAAAGGGCAAGAAGUGCAAGUUUUCCCACGACCUGGAGCAAGAGCGCAAGGUCGAAAAGAGGAAUCUGUACCAGGAUACACGAGCAGAGGAGGACGACAAGAAGAAGCAAGAGACCUCGGCGGACUGGGACGAAGAAAAGCUGCGCUCCGUCGUCUUGUCCAAGAAGGGCAACCAGCGCACCACCACAGACAAGGUGUGCAAGUUCUUUAUCGAAGCGAUCGAGGAGGGCAAGUACGGUUGGUUCUGGAUUUGCCCGAAUGGAGGAGACAAGUGCAUGUAUAAGCAUGCUCUACCGCCUGGGUUCGUUCUCAAGACCAAGGAGCAAAGGGCGGCUGAGAAGGCGCUGCUGGACAAGUCGCCUCUCAGGACCCUUACUCUCGAGGAGUUCCUUGAGUCCGAGAGGCACAAGCUCACCGGCACUCUCACCCCCGUAACACCCGAGAGUUUCGCCAAAUGGAAGAAGGAGCGUCUCGACAAGAAGGCUGCCGAGGAGGCUGCAAGGAAGGCGAAGGAAGCGACCGGUCGUGCCUUGUUCGAAAGUGGCAACUGGAGAAUGGAGGCCGAUAUCGAUUCCGACGACGAGGGGGACGACGACGCCUGGAACUUGGAGAAGCUGCGGAAGGAGACCGAGGCCCUCCAGAUCAAGAAAGAGGAGGAACGAUUGUCAGCCCUCCACGGUGUUCCUGUCACACUCGGCGAAGCGAAGGACGUUACCGGUCUCAGCGAGCCAACGCUUGGUACAUGAGGGCGUAUCAGCACACGAGGAGAAAAUACCAGCGCCGCCGCUUCAGAAAGUUUGAGCCCAUCCGAGAGUUUGGCACUUACUUGCGGCAGGGAUCUGGCGCCAAGUUGAUGAAGCUGUUCGAGUUGCUCGAGGCAACUUGCUCAGAGGUUAUCCGACAUCUAUAUCACGAUAUAUGCACGAAGCUUCGAGGAGUGAAGCCGAGUUGCACCUCCACAAAGGAGCAGUGGGAAGAAUGUCGUCAGGUUUCGGUUUGGAAGCUCUGGUCAUGAACUAGUCUAGCUCACACACAUAAUCAUAGGCAUGCCCGGAUCCAGCACUUCGUUCC